GGGGAAAAGCUCUGUCCCUCUCAGCCUUAGAACCAAGGAGCUUCUGGGGGAACCUCCGCCAUGCAGCUGGUGGCCAGGCUCAUCACUGUUCUGCUGCUGGUGUGGAGCAUGAGAGCAUCCACCUUGCCCGGGGAGGAUAAGUUUUCUGUACAGAGCAGCAGGGAGCAAACCAAAGCCCGAAAAGGUCUGGUCCUGAAAAUGCUGGCAGAUCUACUGGACGGGGUGGACGUGGGCCGUGAUGGGAUGGCUUCCUCCGAUUCGGAAGACCUGCUCGAAAGCAAUCUGGAGGAAGAGCCCUCCGUGCUGGGGAGGUUGCCCCAGCUCACCCAGAGGGAUCGCAAAGCCCCCUGUAAAAACUUCUUCUGGAAAACGUUCACUGCCUGUUAACACCACCAGCACCAAGCACUCAUUCCCCAGCCUUCCCCUUGUCUUUGCUCUUGGAUGGGGGGGGGGGGCUCCGACUCUUCUCUCGCUGUGUAGGGUUGCCAACUUGAUGGCAGGGGUGGGUGGGAAUUCAUAGACCUGGCCUGCUCCUGUCUCUUUAACAGAGGUUUGAUCUGCAGCUCUUCCUCCUCCCCCCUAGUCCCUCUUUCCUUUUGUGCUAUGUAUUUAAGACUGUAAGCCUGAGGGCAGGGAUUGCCUUGUUUUAAUUAGUUGUAUGAAAGCUGUUCUUGGAAGCCUUCUUGGCUGGACAAUGGGGUACAAAUGCUCUAAAAAAUAACAAUGAUAAUAAAUUGUGUCCAACAUUAACUCCACCCGGAGUAGAUCUAAUUUGCACUUUCCAAAACAAUGUGUGACCCAAAACACUGUCGUCUUUCAAAAUUCGCA